AUGGACCACGAGAACCGCACGCAUGAGCGGCCGCCCUUAUCCAACGACGAGCUUGUGCGUGGCAUCAUCCAUUUGCACGUGCCCUCGGAGCGGCAGAUUGACGGGAUCCGCGUGCAUCUGCGUGCGACCAUCUCGCAGGCCAUUCUCGAGACGACGCAAUACAACCACACUCCUUCUUCGUACGAGAAUGCCACCUUCAUGGAGCGUGUUCUCGAGAUCGGCGUGCCUAUGCGCCUCAGCAAGCUCCAGCAUCAUCGCUCCAACAGCAUGCCGCGUCCGCGCAGUCCCUCUGUCACGCCAGGUGGUGGCGCGAGGCACGGCGACUCGAGCAACGACAUAUUCCGGAACAUGGUGCGCGGCGUCUCGCGCGGCCGACACACGCACCGGCCACCGUCGCAGACGGGCUCGCUGCUGCGUGGGCGGAGCCUCCUGCCCACCGAUGAGGGCGGCUACUCGCGCUCGCAGUCGCGCACGCGCACACCGGUUGACGAGGCGGGCUCCGGGUCCUCGACGCCUCACCGGCGCAGCAACGCGGACUGGUCCGCGGAGGACUUGCAGCAUCUGCACCGGCGCCUGGAGCAGCAGCAGAUCCACGAAGAGGAGGAUGAGCAGCGAGGCCGCACAGCGGAGCGCGGCACACGCUCCAACCAGUCGCUUAUGGAGAACAACUUUGAGGUGUUCCGCCAGGACGGCGAGGACGGCCUGUUUCUCGAGAAGGGCGUGCACAUGUUCGAGUUUGCCUUUAUCAUUCCCGCGGACGCUCCUCCAUACGACCGCAGUCCGUUUGGCAAGGUGCGCUACACGGUCAAAGUCACCGCGCUCGGCGCCGGGCGCGCGCGCAGCCAUGUGGAAGAGUGGCGCGACUUCUUUCCCAUGGUGAACCCCGCGCCGGAUGGCGGGGUGACCCCGCUCACGGUGCUGUUCAAUGACAUGCACGACACGGUCGGCAUGCUCUCUGUGGCGUGCACGUCGAACAACAUCUCUGUGGGGGGCCUCUUCAACAUUGACAUCCACAGUCCGUCGGCGCCCCCCGACCUGCUGGUGUAUAUGGUGCGGAUCUCGCUGCACACGACUAUUGAGCUCUUCACGAAGCGCAAGGGGCGUCAGGUAACGCCCGUGCAGAAGCGCAAGCUCUUUGAGAAGGGAUGUGUGGCGCCGCAAGACAGGGCCCUGAGCGACGAGGCGGAUCGUCUACCGGGCUACAUCCACUAUGCAGGCAGCACGUCGGCGUGGACGGUGCAGGGCGUGGCACGCAUUCCCGACGACAACGCGAUCCGGCCCAGCACCAUGCCCGGGACGCGCUCGCCCCUGCGCUUCCACCACGUGCUUGUCGUCGAGGUCGUGCACAGUCGCUCUGACCCUGCUGUGCCGGAUGCUCUCACGCCCGAGGGGCGGCGCAAGCUCAAGGUAUUUACGUUGCGCCAGAGCAUUGUGAUUCCCUCUUGCUGCUGUGCGCUCGAUGCCGUGACGCUGCCGCCUUACAGUGCGACGCCCACGUCCUCGACCGUGCCGCAGCUCAAGCACCUGACCGGCACCACAUGGGAGCAAAUUGUGAUGGCGAACCAGGACCGCGGCGAGUCGCACAACAUGUAA